UCUAUCGAAGUCAUGCAAAUGUCGACUUAUCCAACUCUACAGGUUUAGGCUACCAUCUUGUCCUGAACUAGGAAUUUACACCGUGGCUAGGUGUUUGAAACACUCCCUUCUAGAGCCUAAUACAUAAUGGAUUUAAAAUCUAAAGGUAUGGCAUGGGCUGGAGACAUUUACCAGAAGUUUGAAAUACUGUGCCCUGAAGUGGAUAAUGGUGUGAAAAAGGCGCAUCCCUUCAUGCACCCAAAGCACAAACAUGAUUUGGGUAUUUCUUAUACUUCAACUUCUUUCUGAUAUUGUGCACGAUUUAAUCCCUCCUUUGAUGGAUCCUGCAAAAUGUGAAGCUCCAGCAGCAGCUCUAAAAAGAAAUGCUGCCAUGGGUUCCCGUAUUAUUAAAUCUAUGAUUGGCGUUGAUGAUGAUCAUGGACAUACUUCUCAAGCAAAGCAAUCACCUGUGGAGCUUAGUGAUUCUGAUCCUAUGACAAAGCAGCUAGGCAAGGAAUUCUGGGAGCUUCAGGUUGCAAAUCAAUUGGCUUUUACCAGCAAUUCUGAAGAACUCCUUGAAGGGGAAGAAUCUGAGUCAGCUCCUGGAAUUGUUGAUGUUACAACUGAGUCUUCUGACAUGAACACAGAAGAAAAUGCAGUAGAGGAGAAUUCCUCUGAACCUGAGGAGUUGGAGUCUAUUACUCAUGGAAAUAAAGAACCUUUUGAAGCAUCCAGUGAAUUUGCUAAUUUUAGUUCUGAAAAUGCACGCGGGUCUCUGGCUGAGGUUUCACCUGUUACUUCAGUUCGUGGUGAGGGCUUCCAGUGCCCUCAAGAGGUGGGAACUGUAUGUGAUAGCUCUGCAGAUGACUCUUACUCUACUGGUAUUAUUGUUUCUUCUUCUCAAAUGGCCUUUUCGGUGGUAUCUUCUGAAAAAGCAGUAGCGGAGAUGGAACUUGUAUCCCCCAGAAGUUCCAUAUUCAGGGCAUCUCACAGUCUGCCUGGGAACCCACUCAAUAACAUCACCACCAAAUUAAUAUCUAGCAGCAAUCCUUGUAAUGUAGCGGGCCAUGAUUCUGACAGUUUCACCAUGCUCCUGUCUUCUACAUCAGCUCAAUCUGAUAGUUCCCUUGUCCUCUUGUCGUCUACAUCUGCUCCAACAGUUUCAUGUAAGAUCAAGGCAGCAGAAAUGGGGCUGGCUGCCUCCAACAGUGUGCUGUCUUUGGUAUCGAUAGGAUGUUCGGAUGACUCUGCUGUAGAUGAUUUGACAGAAUCCAAAAUGGAAAACAUUGAUUUGUCUGAUAAUGUAAAGCUUGAGGAAAGUUGUGUCAUUGUUGAUGAUAACCUGCUCUAUGAAGUUGCUCGUAGAAACCGUAAACUCAGAUCAUACAAGAAAAAAAUCCAAGAUGCUUUCUUUUCGAAAAAGAGGUUAACCAAGGAGUAUGAGCAGCUAGCAAUUUGGUUUGGGGACCUUGAUGGUCAUGAUACAACGCAGCGGGAGUUGUCAUCUAGUACCACCAUCACCUUGGAUCCCGAUCCACAAUCAAAUUCGACACAAGACUCUGAAUGGGAGCUCCUGUAAACAAAUUCCCAAAACUGUGGAUAAGCAUAACUGGGCUAAUUGGCCAGCCUGCCCCUUGUACAGGUAAAUAAGAUGAAGAUAAUGCCACGGUCUGUGAAUAAUAGUUGAAGGGUCUAACGUUUUGUAUAGAAAAAUAUAGAGUUAUAAAGUGGAAGAUAAUGAUUAUCGAAUUUGAUCUGUUCAACUGCUGAUGAUGUUUCUUUUCUGAUCAAGUUGCUAUGAAGUUGCAAUAUCAUUGUAGUUCUUGCA